CUGAGCUUCCCCUGCUCCCCGCUGUGGGGCUGCAGGUCUUCAUUCCCCAGAUGGAAGGCCUGUGAUUGCUUCUGCCUCUCCUCUUCCUUAACCCUUCGUUCUCCUCAUCGGACUGCUUCUUUCUUCACCAGGGGCAGGGCAGGAGGAGGGGAAAAUAGCACAGAUGUCUCCUUGCUUGGUUCUCUUGGUAGCUUCACCUGCCUAGCUGGCUGCCCUCGGUCAUGCUGGAAGCCACCUGAUGGCCUUUUGGGGGUGCAGAGCUUGUGAUACCAGCCCAGGCUGUCUGGCAGAUCUCGGUGCCCAGCCCCAGUUCCUGGCUCAGUGGUCCUUCUUCUCUGUGUCCUUGCAGUAGAAUUCACGCCCACCUACCUUCCCACCCUCCAGGUGCCACCAGGAACUCUCACAUCCUGUUCCAACACAUGGAGGCUGGGCACAGGGCUCCUGGUCCUGCCCCCUCUCUUCACCUGAUCACCAUGGUGGCCCUUGCUGGCCUCUAACUUCUGAGUUCCUUGGUUGCAAGGCUCACUCUUGCUGCCGGGCUCCUGCAUGCACAAAGUUGUCCCCGGAGAGCACGCCCCCCCUUGUCUGCUGAACCACCAUGUGCCCCAGAGUUCUGCACCUGGGCACACAUCCAGCCCAUGGUGGGGGCAAUUUUACCCCCCCUACUUUUUGCAGGCUCCCUCUGGUUCUCUUGUAACCACCCCCCUUGGCAUGGGAAAGAAGCAAAACCCCACGUACACCUUCAGUAGACACCUCUCCUUCUGCCAUUCCUUCUCCAAAGGGAGGCAUCUGUCAGGUUGGGUCUAGCAGCUCCCCCGGAGAAUUUGGGGUGUUUGGGAAUUUAGCUGAAACUCCAGGGACCUGGGAAAAUCCCAUCCAUCUACCUGAUACCCAUCUGUGAAUCACGUGUUUAUGGAUUACAUAUCCUCCUUUUUUUUCUUUCCCCCACUUACUGGUCUAGCCAGAAGCGAUUUCCAUGUCUGAUAGUUUCUUGUAUGAUAGUUUAAAUUGAUGCGUAGCAUGGCAUGCUUGAAUUGUAUCAAACUUGACUGACUAAUCUCUUAUUUUUAAAAAUGUAGGUAGUCUCUAAUUAAAACCAAAACACCCUCAGAAUUCUUUACGGAGUUUCUAUAACUCUAGAGUUUUAGUGUCUCUGCAGACUUCUCGGACCCAACUCCCGCGUGUCUCUGUCCCGAGUAGGAACAUACGUAAGAUCAACCUCGUGUGUGUUCAGGAGAGAGAUAGGUGUGGGGUCCAGUUGACGCUUCCAGCCACAGUAAAUUUGCUCCUGAACCUUCGUGUUCCUGUUCCCUGGCAAAAUGAGGAAAGGAGGAGGAGGGCUCAGGAGAAGCCAUCAGAUCUUGUCCCAUAUUUGGUAAGUGGCAGAGCCAGACCGGGACUGCUUCCCGGGCAGAAGUCAGCACAGAUGAGCCAGGGCGGUUGUGAUGAGGAGUGACAGCGGACAGACCGCCGGUGCGGGAGGAGGAGCGCACGGAGCCCCACACGUCCGGGGAGGGCCUGGAGGGCCACGGCUCCUUGCCCCCCGCCCGCCCUAGCUGAACUCCAUUUAAUGGACUCGGCCUUCAGGAACCCAUUUUUAUAUUUUCCUGGGAGUGGUCCUCAAUGACUGCCAGGGGCAGGCCUGGUGACGAGCUUUGGGUUAGAAGCUUAGUAGACAACAAAUGUUUUAAAAGUAACAUUUAUAUGCGAAGUGCCUGGUAGUCAUAGAAAAAGUUAGGAAAUUCAUCUAAGGACAAAGAAAGUAUUUUAUAAAGUGGUCGUGACCCAACUGCCCAGAGCUAACCACUAGCCUUUUUGUCUUACAUCAUUUCAGAGAUUGUUCUGCGUGAGCAUGUGUGUGUGCAUGCGUCUGUGUGUGUGGGAGCCGGUAGUUUCCGGCCACCUUUUUAUUCAGUGAUGAGUAUGCUGUCGCUAAAAUAGUUUUCCAUGAUUUUAUUUUCAUAAGUUACAUAGCGGGUUCAUUUCCCUUUGGAGGUAGUGUGUUUACUCAUCCUCCUUCAUUGGUUGUUAUUUCCUCUUUUAUUUCGGAGUUUUAACAAAAUGUAAUAAAUAUCUUGGCACCUAACUCUUUGCCUAAACUCGUGACUGUUUCUUCAGAAUAAAUUUCUAUGAAUUAAUUUCUGGGGAACGAGGGGAGGGGUUAGUAAAUGGCACACUGAUGACUGAAACACAGAUACAUAGGUGGAUUAAGUAGAAAAGUCGAGAGUGGACCCCCACAAGGUGGGGUCCCCCAUCACAUGCCAAGGCGAAGGCAUUGUGUGGUGGUGGGGUCCUUGGGGGGAAGCCUGUCCUCCCCCUGUGCCUGCAGUGAGCUUGGCCUCUCACGUGCUCUCCUCUCCCCACCCCGUCUCUGCUUCCACAGGUGUCUGCUUUUCCCGGCCCAUCAGAGAAGGACCAUGUACCAGCGGUCGUUGUCAUUCAGAGACGUGGCUGUGGGCUUCACCCGGAAGGAAUGGCAGCAGCUGGACCCCACACAGAGGAUGCUGUACCGGGAUGUGAUGCUGGAGAACUAUAGCCACCUGGUCUCAGUGGGGUAUCAAGUCACCAAACCAGCUGUGAUCUCCAGGUUGGAGCAAGGGCAAGAACCAUGGAUGGAGGAGGAAGAAAUCCUCAGAUGGAGCUUUCCAGAAGAAAUUUUGCAGGUUGACCACCCAGUAGGAAAACCACAGGAACACCAAGACCAACUUCUGAGGCACGUUGUGUUCCUAGACAAGCAAGAACCGACAAAGAAAGGGCACCACGAGUGUAACCCAAUUGAAAAGACAGUCUGUCAGGACACAAAACUUGCUCCUUCAAAACAGCAGGUCCAUACAUGUGACUCGUGUGGAAGGAGGCUACCAUGCAAUGUAGACGUCAGCCCCAACGCCUACCUUGCAAGAAGGCGAUUUGAGUGUGACGGACAGGGGAACCUGUUUCUCUACUCCAAGCUCGAAACACCCCCUUCUGGAGGGCGGCCACGUGAGUGUGACCAGUGUCGGAAAGCCCUCCGUGGGGACCAGGCCCGGAGUGCCCACUGGGGAGCUGGCGGCGCCGAGAGAGCCCACAGGUGCCCGCGUUGUGGGAAAGGCUUCUCCUAUGAAUCAGAACUCAGGACACACCUGGAUGUGCAUGGGGGUGAGCAGCCCCCUGCGCAUGGGGCCCAGGGGCUAGGCUGCAGGGUUAGCCGGGGAGGUCACCCCAGAGAGAAACCCGGGGGGGAUGGCAGCGGCGGGACGAUGCCAUCACAGAAGACGAGCCUGUCAUUGCCCGCCUCAGCUCUUGCAGGAGGGAAGCCUUACAAGUGCUCCGAGUGCGAGAAGACCUUCUCCCACAAGUCCCGCCUCAUCGAGCACCACCGGUCCCACACCGGGGAAAAGCCCUACGGCUGCAAAGAGUGCGGGAAGUCGUUCUCGCGCAAAUCGUGCCUCAUCAUCCAUUUCCGGACCCACACCGGGGAGAAGCCCUACGGCUGCAGCGAGUGUGGGAAAGCCUUCUUCCAGAAGUCCCACCUCAUCCUGCAUCAGAGGACUCACACGGGCGAGAAGCCCUACAAGUGCAGCGAGUGUGGGAAAGCCUUCUCGCAGAACUCCUGCCUCAUCAUACACAAGCGAACUCACAUGGGCAAGAAGCCCUACGAGUGCUCCGAGUGUGGGAAGACCUUCUCCCAGAAGGCCAACCUCAUCCGCCACCACAGAAUCCACACCCGGGAGAAGCUGUACGGGUGAGGGGAGAGCGGGGGCUUCAGCUCCCGAGUCCCGGCGUGUCGGUGGCGGUCGCACUUCUGGAGGUUGUGAGUGUGGAAAACCCUUCCGCAGGAAGUCCACUGCUGUAGGUGUGUGGAGAUGCAAACCCAGGGGAGAGUGGACUAGUCAGGAGAAUCAGGAAGGGCUCGUCUCUUAAAACCAAUGAAUGAUGCUCUAGAGUGAUACAUUUUUACAGGGUAUACCUCAUUAUAAAGUCUAUCUGCAUUAACUGUGGCUAUAGGGCUUUGAAAUCUGUGACAAAAUUAAAUCAUUAAGACAAUAGGUCUAAUAAACAUCAGAGCAAUCCCAGGGGGCACAUAGCAGGUCUGUUCCUGAGGACGCAGCCUA